CCGAACGAAAUAACCUCAAAAUAAUACAAUCUCAUUUUCGUUUUCGAUUUACAUGACAGUUUUGUUUGUCUGUAAAAUGCUUAUUUAGUUGAAAUUUGUGUAGAAAUAAUUAAUUUCAAGUAGAAUUCCUGUUAUAGUAUAAGUAUAUAUAAAGGACAGGAUGGCCGACGAAGAAAUUAACGGGGAUACUGAUGAUAUCCAGCACGAUAAAGAUAAAACUCAGAAGAAGACUGCCAAACAUGAUAGUGGAGUAGCAGACUUAGAGAAAGUUACGGACUAUGCCGAAGAGAAGGAGAUAUCCUCCCAGGACAUAUCUGGGGCCCUGUCAUUAAUAGGCGACAGGAGAAACAAGGAGGCUGCUGAGCGUCUAGAAAAGGAAAAGGAACUACAAAAAGUUUCAGUGAAAAAGGAUGACAUAGAAUUAAUUGUAAAAGAGAUGGAGAUUUCCAGAACAUUAGCAGAAAGAACUCUAAGGGAACAUCGGGGAGAUGUGGUAGCAGCACUGACAACCCUCACAAACUAACAUGAAUAUUAUACUAAUUUAUAAGUUUAUGUUCAUAAACAAACAACUGUCUGAACUUAUGUGAAUAGAAUUUUCUAUCCAAAGA